AUGACAGAAGUCAUGACAUCCGUAGCGGCUCCCAUGUCAGAAGAAAAGUCCGCCGAGGCCCGGCCGCCCCAAUAUACCUUUAAAUUCAGCGAGUUUCUUAGACGUGAAUAUCGAUUUGGCCUAAACCCCGAUCGCCCAACCUGCAAAGCAUACCUCCAAGGCCACUGUCCAGACGGCAGCAAAUGCCCCAACAAGCACAAUGUCUCUUCGUCCUACAACAAUCUAGUAUGCAAACACUGGCUCCGCGGCCUCUGCAAAAAAGGCGAAACCUGCGAAUUCCUCCACGAAUACAACCUCCGCCGCAUGCCCGAAUGCUCCUACUACGCACGUACACAAACCUGCUCAAACGGCGAUGACUGCCUGUACCUGCACCUGGACCCCGAUGCCAAGCGCCCUUCAUGCCCACACUACGACCGCGGCUUCUGCCCCCUUGGCCCACACUGCGCGCUGAAGCACAACAAGAAAGACAAGCUGUGUCCCUUUUACCUGUGCGGGUUUUGUCCAGAGGGCAAGGGCUGCAAGUACGGUGCGCACCCGCGGUACCCCACUGAUCUUAAGAAGCCAGAGGUGCGUGUGGAGAAGAGUGCUGAGGAGCUUGAGGCGGAGAAGUUGGAGCGCGAGAGGGAGAUGAUGAAGAGGGAAGAGGAGGAGAGGGAGAGGGAUGAGAGGAAUGGGCAUCAGGGAGGACGUGGGUUUAGGGGUAAUUGGGAUCGUAAGAAGCGUGGAGGACGACGGGGUAGGGGUGGUAGGGGUCGUGGAGAGUUUUAA